CGGUCGAUUGUUUUCGUAUUUCAUGUUCUCCACGUGUUUAACAUAAUCUGUAAUAUUUUCCUUCACAACUUUGUCAUAAAAGUCGCAGUAAGAUCGACACUUAAAUUAAAUAGGUUAGCCAGCACUAUCAAGAUGAAGUCCAACCAAUACAAUAAGUUUGGACUUCCCACUGAUGAACCACUAAAAUGGUACCAAACUGAACCAAAUGUUGAAACCAGUAACGACGUCUCAGAUUUGGACCAAAAUUUGCUAUAUAAGUAUAGCAAAGUAGCUGAGAACUUACUUGCAGAAGAAGUCUUAAAGUACAAUAACAAACAGCAUGGCAACAAUCGUUACCAACACAAUUGGAUGAAGACCAUCAUGAGCAAAGGCACCCUGGCUGACAAAGUAGCAGCUCAGAUUGUACAAGUGCAGAACUCUCCAAUCCAUUCGUUAGCCUUGAUAAACAACCUGACGUCGAUGGUAAAAGUCGGGAAGAAGAAAGAGUGCUUACAAGUCAUGGAGAAUUUAGUUGAGCUUUGGCUGAACGACCUUCUUGUGCCAGACAGAAAACUAGUGCCAUUCAGUGCAAGACCUUUACACAUUCUGGAACAACUUGACCAGGCCUUGCAACACAAGUGUUUGUUGCAUUGGUGGUUUGAAGGCAGAUUGAAGGAGUUUUACAUUGCAUUUAUCAAGGCAUUGGAAGUCAUUUCUAAGGACUCCAUUGAAAGCAUCAAGGGCAAAGCCAUUGGGUGCAUGAGUAAAUUGCUUGCUGCAAAUGCAGAGCAAGAACAAUUGCUACUGGCCCAGCUUGUUAACAAAUUGGGAGACCCUCAUCAGGAGGUUGCGAGCAAAGCAAUCCAUUACUUGCAGCUAGUGCUGAGAAAGCACCCAAACAUGCAGCCUGUGGUACUUGAGGAAGUGGAAAAAAUGAUAUUCAGACCCAACAUCCAACCAAAGGCUCAGUACUAUUCAGUUUGCUUCCUUAUCCAGUUCCACUUGAGCUUAGAGGACAAGAAUCUUGCAUCUAGUAUGAUCAACUUGUACUUCUGUCUCUUCAAGGCUUGCAUCAAAAAGGGGGAACUUGACUCUAAGAUGAUGCAAAAUCUGUUGAGUGGUGUGAAGCGAGCCUUUCCUUAUGCGAAGGACUCGUUUUCUGACACCUUGGCUGACCAUGUGGACACCCUGCACAAACUUGUCCACGUGUCUUCUUUUGGAGUUGCCCUGCAUGCACUAUGUCUAUUGCAUCAGGUGGCUCAGGCAUCCAGUUCCAUCGAAGACAGAUUUUACAGCGCCCUGUACAAGAAAAUGCUGGACCCAGAAGCCCUGAAGACUAAACACCUGGCGCUCUUCCUCAACAUUGUCUACAAAUCCUUGAAAAAUGAUAGUAAGCCAGCAAGAGUGCAGGCAUAUGUCAAGAGGCUGCUGCAACUAGCUCUCAGCGCGCAUAGCAAUUUGGCCUGUUCCAUUUUGUACUUGGUCUCUCAGGUCAUUUGCAGGAACAGGGAUCAGAUAAUUUUGGAGUUGAAAGCUGAAGAGAGCGGCACGGUAAAGUUUGAGGAAGAUGAUGACGAGGAAGAAAAAUACACUGACGUGAAACUGAAUGAGGAUGAAGAGACUGUAAAGCCUGAAAUGACAAAGCCCUCGGGAUCUUGGUCUUGGGUUGAAGACAAGCAAGGGCGGAGGCCGCAGAACUCAGAUCCUAAUGAAUAUGAGCCUUUCAGCCGCAACCCCUUGUUUAGCAAGGCAGAAAAGGUUGGCCUGCGGGAGCUGGCAUUACUUGCCAGCCACUACCACCCCACUGUGGCUUUGUUUGCACAAAAUCUAUUAGACAAAGAGAUCAUCAAGUACUCUGGAGACAUCCUUGUUGAUUUCUCGUCAGCAAGGUUCCUGGAUCGAUUCUCCUUCAAAAAUCCCAAAAAGGAAGCGCAAAAGGGACCAGUGUUUUCAAGGACCAGCCAGUAUCAACCAAAGGGCGUCAGGUCUCUCAGGAUUGACAGCACAAGGUUUUUAAAUAUAUCUGAGGAGCAGAUUCCCAAGGAGGAUCUCUUCAUGUAUCAGUACAUGCAGAAAAAAAUGCAGGCAAUGGCUGAGAAGAAGGAGGAGGAAGAGAAGGACGAAAGUGACAAUGAGAGCGUCAACAGUGAAGAAUUUGAGAAGAUGCUAUUUGGAAAUCGCAAAGACCUUGACGACGAUGAUGAUGAUGAUGAAGUGGAGGAGGAUGAAGAAAUCGAUGAAGGGUCUUUAGACUUUGAACAUGAUGUCGUGAAAGCUGAAAAGAGUGGCAAGGGAAAGAAGACAAAGAAGAGGCAGGUGCUUCAUGAGGAUGACGACGAUGAAGAUGGCGAUUUUAGCGAUGAAGAAGGACUGCCCAGUGACUUUGCCUCUGCCGAAGAGUUUGCUGAAAUGCUGCAGAACGCAGGCAUUGAUGACAAUGCUGCUGGAUCGCAUGCAGUGAGAAACGCAGAUAAUUCCCAUGCAAAGCAGCUCAAGUGGGAGCAGAACAGAGAGCGAGGCCCGUGGGGUGGAGGCGGAAACAAAAGAAAGGCAAAAGGGCCGAUGAUAAUGGGCAAAGGCAAGAAGAGAAAAACGAAAUAAGAAUAAAUAUUGUUUUUGUAAUAAAAUCAUAAAUAUUUCCA